GGAUCAGUGGGAAGCUGACCAAGCAGGGGGUGUGUUUCUGCCUCAGCACAGCUUUCGAGGGCACCUACCUGGAGUCCUUCCACCUGGAGCUGGUGGGGCAGCCCCGGGUGAGGGUGGGGCAGCACUCCCUGCCCCCCUUCCUGCCCCUGGAGCAGCUUGCCAGCAAGUUCCUCCCCACUGACCCCAGACAAUUCCUCUCCCACCUCUUCGACCACCUCAACGCCUACGCUGGGAGGAAGUUCCAGGCAGACCAGUUGCAGGAGCACUUCUCAGAGCAGCUGGAAGGAACCUUGCAGAGGAACUCCUUGUGUAACUUGCUGGUCUUCAGUUACACCCUGUCUGGCAAGGGCCAGAGCUUUCCUCUGAGGGCCAGGCUGCUCUACGGGGACCUCUGCA